AUGGCCGUCGUUGUGACACUGGUGUCGGUGUCGUCGCCGUCGUCAUUCGCGGAGUAUUGCGUUGGGAGUUCGGGUAUGAUCACCACGCACUCCCUCGCACCUCCCGCAGAAGCCACCGUCGUUGGACGGACCCCGUCACCCCUCCUUGGGAGUAGAAGAUACUCUCGCAGAGUAUUUGAGUUCGAUAGCACUUUUGAAGAAAUGAGAACAUUGGAUCAAGAAAUUAUUGCAUUGAAAAAACAUUGCGGAUAUAUUGAACCCAUAGAAAUUCCUCUCAAAUAUCGCUUUGAUAAUACCCUGGAUAAUGAAACAAACACGUACAUACCGGAAAUGGUUAUGGAGACUUAUCAAUAUGUUCCUAUCAUUGAUUUUCUUAAAUUGAUGGUGUCAAAUCAAGAGGCGCGGUCGCGUCUCGCGUCAUCACGUUACGCAAAAGCUCGAUCCAGCAACGCGGAAGGCGUGGAGAUUAAAGGUGAUGAUGCUAUAAUUCCUACGUACGAGGAUCUCAAUCGCUUUCUCGCGAAUCGCGUUCGCGCGUUGGAGGAGCUCACUCCCCUCGGCGCAGCCAAGUCCUCGCGAUCGGUAAAGUCAUCGAGCGCCAUGGUAGCGACGGCUUCGAUCUCGCCGUGCCCGCUCUGUAAAUCGGCCCACUUCUUGAAUAAGUGCCUUCAAUUCAUGCAGAAGAGUCCGAGCCAGAGAUUGGAGAUCGCGAAACAGCAUCAACGAUGCGUGAAUUGCUUCAGUGCAAAGCACGCCGUCUCCGCAUGUCCAAGCCGUUUUUCAUGUCGUCAUUGUCAAAAGCGACAUCAUUCCAUGCUCCAUCUCGACUCGGUCUCUUCCGCUACUACGACCGUUAGUGCAUCCAAUUCCGAAGCCCCGGCGUCGAUCAAGUCCGAUGAAUCUCCGAAAACAGUGGUAUUAUGCGCGAUGUCGGCAAAUCUCGCUCGACCGCCGAUAGUCCUCGCCACUGCACGCGUGUCCGUCGGACCUCUCGCUGGUCGUCAAGUCGUUGCACGAGCAUUGAUCGACACCGGAGCGGAACUCACACUCAUUGCAGCUCAAUUAGCGAAGAAAUUAAAACUGCGUCGAUUCAUACUGCCUACCGCCUUGUCCGCCGUCGGCGGCCUUGACGCGGGCAUACAUCGUUACGCCGCGCACAUUAAAAUCUCACCGAUCGACGGGAUCGAGCCGCCGGUCAUUACCACAGCGACGAUUCUAAGUUCGCUUGCUAGUUACUCGUCAGCGUCUAUUCAAUCUCCUCUUCAAUGGGAUCAUCUCGCAGAUCUCACUCUCGCAGAUCCAAAUUCUUCAAACUCAGAUCCCAUUGAUCUAAUAAUCGGAGCUGACAUCUACGCAGAUAUAAUGCGAGAUGGGGUUCGCAGGGGAGCUCGCGGUCAACCCAUUGCUCAGGAAACGAUCUUUGGCUGGAUCGUUCAGGGCCGCACGCCUCUGUCGAAUUCGUCCCGUCGGACCGUUACGGUGCAACAUUGUACGAUCGCGGAAUCCGUUUCACUUGAUAGCGAAUUGAGACGAUUCUGGGAAAUUGAGGAAAUUCCGAGGCACACGAUACUCAGCCCGGAAGAGCAGAGAUGCGAGAAUCAUUUCUUAACCUCUCAUUCGCGCACUCCCGCCGGUCAGUACGUUGUUCGUCUGCCAUUCAAAAAUGGUCCUCCCAUCGAUAUUGAUACCUCACGCGAUAUAGCGGAGCGAUGCCUCAAGACUCUGCUACGCCGUCUUCAAGCCAACUUCGAUUUGAAAAGGGAGUACUCAGACUUCCUCCAAGAAUAUGAAAAUCUCGGGCACAUGCGCAAGGCUCCCGAAUCUUCAGAAUCUUCUCAAUUCGUCUAUAUUCCGCACCAUCCCGUAAUACGCGAAAGCAGUGCGACGACUCGAGUAAGAGUCGUAUUCAACGCGUCGAGCCCCACCUCGAAUUCUUGGUCACUUAAUGACCACCUUCUCGCGGGACAAAAAUUGCAAACGGACUUGGCUGCGGUGCUUUUACGCUGGCGACAGUAUCGUUACGUUUAUUCUGCCGACGUAGCAAAAAUGUACCGGCAGAUUCGCGUCGAUCCCCGUGACACAGACUAUCAGCGGAUCCUAUGGAUCGACGAGAAAACCGGAAAAGUACAAGAGUAUCAACUUUUGACCGUGACCUACGGUACAACUUCGGCGCCGUUCUUGGCGCUGCGAGUCUUGCGGCAGCUCAUCCAUGACGACGGUCGCGAUUUUCCUCUAGCCGUUCCCGUGCUUCAGGAGAAUAUUUACGUGGAUGACGUGCUUUUCGGCGCGGACGAGAUUUCGCUAAUUCGUUCGGUUCGCAAACAAGUGUGCUCGUUGCUACAGCGCGGUCAUUUCGAAUUAAGGAAAUGGUCGAGCAACGCGGCCCACUUAUUAAGCGACAUUGACACGCAGGAUCAUGGUCUCGCUUGCAGCAAGGAUCUGCAUCCGGACGAGACAUUAAAGGUGCUCGGUAUUAGUUGGAGUCCGUCGGCUGACGCGUUUCAAUUUAGAGUCGUGCGCUCUCCCUCGCCCGCGCGAACCAAGCGCGCCAUGCUCUCGUACAUCGCUCGCAUAUUUGAUCCGUUAGGCCUAGGCACGCCCGUUACAAUCUCCGCGAAGAUUCUCUUGCAGCGGCUUUGGCAGCUCCGCGUCGACUGGGACGAUGAGGUUCCCACCGAUAUCGCAAAGAAAUGGGAAUUUGUGCAGUCGUCCUUGAUAGAACUCGAUGACUUUCACCUCCCUCGGUGGAUUCAAAAGGGAUCGGAUCGACUGCGAAAUUCACGGGUUUUCGGACGCGUCUAA